AUGCAGUACGGGUGAACCAUGCACGGGGAUGGUGAACAAUUGGCAUUGCAACGAAUCGACGUCAGUUGUCACCUGCUCUGCGAGGGAAUUAUUUUGAUGAGCUUUCAUUCGUUCAAACUUCUUCCACUUUGGGCUCGGUUGUGUCAACUUCGUUCAACUGAAAACACUUUUAGAGGUUUCUCGUUCUCUUGAAAAGUCGAUAAAGCAGAGUCUGUAGGCCAACUAUCAGUGCUGCUAAUAGCUUCGUACUACGUUCUACUGGUCCGCACAAAUGGCCAGUAGAUCUACCAUAACGCGCUGCAGUCACUGCCACCAGUCACAAGGCAGGAGAAGCUAUCCAUCUUCCAGCGCUUGCACCUGUGCUGCUUCUAGACGCGACACGCAGCAGCAGCAGCAGCAUAGCCGCCCCCGUCGCUCUCAGUCGCAAAGCCACGCAGGACACCACACUGAGCACCACCGGCGGCCACAGUACUCCGCAGUACGCAAUCCGAAUUCGCCUGGCCAAGCCCCAACGAGCCCUGCAGGCGAGCACCAGGAUGAAUGUGACUCCGCUGCGGACCCACCGCAAUCGCCAGGAGAGCGCACUUGGCAAAGGGGAAGCAGUUACUCCGUCAUGCCGCCAGACCAGAGGAAGCGCGAGCAGAUUCUCCACACUGCGCAGAAAGAAGCUGAAUCACUGAGACAGUAUCAAGCUGCUCAGAAAGAACGGCAAGGCCAGUUUAGAUCUGUAACGCAGCGGCUCGGCGGUGAUGCGGGUCGACACCCUGACAUAUCGGCUGUACGAAGUGCCCAGCAGCAGAAAGCACGUGUUGAUGUGAUGACGAAGUCUACAAGAGAUCAGGCUAGGAGAGAAGAGUAUCGUAAGGAAACGCAACGCCAGGAAGAUGAGAAGGUACAGAAACACAAGGAGAAGCAGCGCUUGAAGGCACGUGAUAUGGAGCUACGAGAGAAGGAGAGGGCAUUGAUGUGCCAACACAGCACGCGGCAGCAUUGGGAGAGUCAGCACAUGCAGGUAUAUCCCUACCAGGAUGACCAAGGGCAAGGUGGCGCUCAAGCUGCUUCUGCACCCGGCAGGACAACAGCCGGCCGAUCCCAAUUCCCGUCACAACAUACGAAAUAUCGUCAGCACAAGGAAGAAAAGCGGAAAGCUGAAGAGGAAGAGUAUGAACGGCAUAAGGCAUCUCAGCGGCAAAAGGGCGAGUACUUGCAGAAGAAGGCGGAAGAGGAAGCACAGCGACAUCGCGAUGAAGUCAGAAGCAUGUGGGCUGAUAGAAGGUAUGAUGGCCAGCAGACUGAAGGAGUGUCUAGACAGCAUUACCGUGACGACCACCAUGAACCGGCCUACAAGCAGGAGCACUAUUUGGAUAGAUUUGGAGAGGACGGUAGCCAAAGUCCUGCAUCACACCUGGAAACCAUGCCUUUGAGAUCCGCAAUUCGAACGACGAGCUCGUAUCCAGAUGAUGUGCCUUCUUCGAGCAUUUGUGGAGCUGUAGAUGACAAGUAUGAUCAGACACACAGUGUCGCAGAUGAUGCAACAUUGGAGUGGUCAAGUAACAGAAGGCCACAAAGCAGAUCGGAGGCCUCCAGUACCAAGUACAGCGCAAAGCACCUCACCGAAUGCCAGGCCACCCUGGUCAGCCUUGGCUUGCCGAGACUGUCCCUCACCGAACUGGAUAUUCUGCUGAAAUCACACAAUGGAGACCUGGACAGGCUGGCUAAUAACUUGUUUGAAAAGCAUGCAUGAAUGAAAGGGGAAAUACGAAUGUGUUGAUUGUGUGGCGGAUUGCACUAGCAAUCUGAGCAUACUGCCGAAGUACGUGAGUUGUAUUUUGCAGAAUUCUUGCAUCACUUUAGAGCUUUCUAUUUUAAAGACCAUUAAACUUUCUCAUCUGUUACGUUACGUUGAGUAAUUCAUGUACAGUCGUCCCUCUCUAAUCCGGCACUUGUUUAUCCGGAACACUUGCCAACCGGCGCACUUUCUGACGAAACCGAUUUUUUCGUUCAAUUCCUACAUCUUAAUCCGGCACUUGAAUUCCGCCUCCGGCAGUGACUUUUUGAAACGAAUCGCUCAAACUGCACGUAGUUUGAUUUCAUAAUCCGGCAGUCGUAAAUCGCGUACCGCACAGGUGCACUCCAGGCUAGGCCAGUCUGGUCAAUGUUGUCCAGGAGACAACGGCAGUCAACCAUACUUUCUUAUUUUAGCAAGGAGUAGUAUCCUGCCAAUUUUCAGGUGUGUGUGUGUGUGCGUGUGUGUGCAAGAGUACAUGUGAACAUGUCCUCUGUUUUACUUUAUCACUUUAUCACUGUGUAUAUUCCCGGAGAACAAUUGAGAAUAUAAAGCCGUGCACCAAAUACUUGGGUCGACACGGAAAAACCCUG